UUACUAACGGUUGUAAACGUAAAUAUUGUUAACUCUCAACUAAACCAUAUGGGAAGUCUUCAAAUAAAAGGGAUUCUCAACAAUCAUCAUCAAAACAAUCAAAACAAAAUCAAAAGCUUUUUAUUUUCAAUUUCAAAUUGUCGCUCUUUUUCAUCAACCUUGAUUAAUCUUUAACCCUGGUUUGGGUUACAAAAGUGAUUUCCACCAACAAAUCGUUUUCAAAUCAACAUUGAAACCAAUGGAUUAUUAUGAUGCUUUUUUUAAACUCAACUCAUCGUCACCAAUACAAUCACCAUUACCAUUACUAUCAACACCAUCUUUAUCAACAUCAUUCCCAUUGAAAUGAAAAUGAUCAUUAAUAAUACCAUCUUAUCACCAGUGAUUUUUACCUACAGCAAGAGCAACCUUUACAGUAUGAGGAAUACCUGAAGGAUUAAACUUUGGAUUGUGUGCCAUUAAUUAAAUUGUUUUUUAAAAAUCGUAUAAAAUCCCAAAUGAAAUUAAUAACACCAACACAGAAAAGAAAUAAUUGCGAGUUGAAAUUAACAUCAUCAUAGUCAUUUGUCUAUCACCAACAUCAUAAUCAUCAUUACGCUCUACGUCAACAUUAGCUUCAAUUGUUGAUAUAUUGGUGUAACACAUAUAAAGUGAUACGUACAUUUACAAUUAAUACAGUGAAAAGAUUAUAUUGAAAUAAACAAAACGCUUGACCACAUCUUUACCUGUUACUCUUCAUCUUGUUGAUCGUCUUAUUUUUUUUCUAAUACAUCAUUCCUAAUCGUGUUUAACUUAUCAUCAUCUGUGUGUGUACCUGUUUAUCUAACUUACCAUAACACAAUAACAGCAACAAGAAACAAACAAUCAACACAUAACGGAGUUAAACAGCAAUCUAUUUUAUCUCUUUUCCAGCCUUUCUUUUACAUCUUCGCUCGUUCAACACCACCAUAACCGUCUUCAUCUCCAUCAUCACCGUCAUCUUGUAUUCUAUUUCUUGUUUUUUCUCUUUCUCUCCUUCUCUCUCUUUCUCGCUCUUUCUUAGUGAGGCAGUUCAUACAACGAAGCUAACUGCUUGACCGUAUUGAUGACGUUGCAUCAAGCCACUGGUUUUCCGCUUCCUUCCUUCCUGGAUUCCCAGGACACUUACAUAUGCACAGCUUACUCUCCGAGGUGCUUCGUAAUCCAAAAGAUCAAAACAUGUCUCAGAUCUCCAAUGGCCAAUGUUGGAUCUCGUGAUACAUUCAAAAGUGAUCACAAUUGUCUCAACAAUUCCUGCUGUAAUAAUGCUAAUAACAGUUCAAGAUCUUCACGUGAUCGUCCAAAGACAAGGAGGGACAAUGAUGAUAAACGAGAUGACGGAAGGAGAAGAAGAACUUUGCAUUUAUCAAAAGCAGCAGUCAAUGAAGGCAUCAGUUAUGAUGAGGGCAAUAGACGUUGCUUGCGAGUGCCCCAAUCGAUAAAAAUUACCGGCUCUGGUAAAGAAUCGUCAUCUUCAUCAUCUUCUUCCUCAACCAAUCCUAUUCUUGAAGACGAUGAUACAAUUGAACGAUGCAAAGGAAAUGAGGAAAACGGUGAAUUAAACAAAGUGUCAAAUGCUAACAAUAGUAAUAAUGAAAAUAGUAAUAGGAAAAGAUUUGAUGAAAGCAAUUUUGACAGUGGAUGUUCAAGCAGCAGUGGAAGUAGUAGCAGUACAAGUAGCAGCAGAGCUUCUAAGGAUUCGGGCUACUUAGGAUCAGGUCAAUGUUUCCAACCAUUGUUAAAUGCAUCAUCAUCGACAUCUUUGACCUCAUCUUCAACGCCACCCCAAUCGCAACAAUUGUCACCUCAAUCGUCGUCAUCAUCAACUGCUACACCAGUAGCAGCUUUGGCACCUCCUGCAGUAGCAGCCAAUCCAUUGAUUUCUCUUGAGGUUCCAAAUACAUGGUUAGCUGGCUCCGUUGAUUUUGCUAAUAAAGUAUGCCAAUGUAGAUGUAAUAAGAGCAUUGACCAUGGCUCGACCAAUAUGGCACCUUUCAUUCCUCCUGAUCAUUUGAGAAAAGCAGGUAACCAUCAUCACUUUCAGCAGCAUUCUUAUCAAUCAAAAGAGGAAAUCAGGCCUUUAGAGGAAUCAAUACCGCUAGACAGGUUAAAAGUUAUGCUCCAACAUCAAUUAGAGUAUUACUUUUCUCGUGAAAAUUUAUCCCGUGAUUCUUAUUUAAAAUCUCAAAUGGACAGUGAUCAAUAUGUUCCAAUCAGUACUGUUGCCAACUUCGAUCAAAUCAAAAGAUUGACUCGCAACAUUGACCUCAUUGUUAGUGUUCUUAAAGAAUCACAAUGUGUUCAAGUCGACGAUAGUGGUCAAAAAGUUCGUCCAAUCAGCAAAAGAUGUGUUCUCAUUCUCAGGGAAAUACCCGAAUCAACUCCUCUUAAAGACGUUCAAGAUCUCUUUAGCGGUAAAGAUUGUCCAAAAUUCGUUUCUUGUGAAUUCGCGCACAACAAUAGUUGGUAUGUUUCAUUUGAAUCAGAUGAAGAUGCUCAACGAGCUUUCAGAUAUUUAAGAGAAGAAGUCAAAACGUUUCAAGAUAAACCAAUAAUGGCUCGAAUUAAAGCUAAACCAGUUAUCUCGAGUUAUACAACUUUUAAAAGUGGAGCUGAACCAAAUAUUGGAUUUGAAGGAAACUUGAAUACCUUGGAGAGUCCAGUUAAUGCCAAUGGUGUUUACAAUCCAGCAAUUCCAACUAAUCCAUCUUAUCCAACAAUCCCUUCAAUAUUCCCAACUUUAUUACCACCACCUACUAUGCUGCAUACAUAUCCAGCUCCAUCAACGACUCAAUGCUACGAUUUAAGCACAGUUUUCACUUUAAACGGUCUCUCACCACAUGCUGCAUUCAAGCCAGUCCACAAUGCACCUUCUCGACCAUCGCCUUUCUUGCUUCGUGGAUCUGGAACUUCGACAAAUGCCUCAAUCAGUAGUUCAGGUGUUACUGGUAAUAGUUGCCAUUUAAAUUUGCGAAAGAAUCACAAUUCUUAUUCGGGUUCAAUAGUUAAUCAUGGUUGUCCUGGAUCUCGGUUUAGCGCAACGCCAAUUUCGAAUCAUGACAAUCAUUCAACUCAUCAUCAUUCAAAUGUUCAUCUGCAAAGUAAGACAAAUUCAGCGAAAAUAAAUGAUGCGCAUUCCAAUGAAAAUCGGCAAAGUUCAGAAAAUAGAUUAUCUAUCAAAAUCAAUCAAAACGGUGAUAAAAGAGUCAAAAAUUUAGUUUCAACAGAGCCAUGGUCGACAAAUUCAUCACAUAAUUGUGAUGAUAAUCAAAGAAAUAAUCUAUCAGCGGCUCUUCCAACUCAGAUUCAAUUAAAGAAAGUAAACUCUUCCAGAACUGAGUCACGCGAAUCAUCUUCAAAUUUCAAUGAUUCAAGUAAACAUGAGAUUGUUGUUGGUCGAUUGAAUAAUAAUGAGUCAGUUCUGACUGCAUCAAAUGCUAUUCAAUCCAAUCUUUCUGCUCGAUCUUUAACAAAACCAAUAAGAAAGAAGAAGAAAGAUGAAGUAAAUCAAUCAGCACAAUCAGCGAAUGCAUCAUCAACAUCAGUAGCAUCUUCAUCAACAACGAUUACAACUACAAUAGCAACUGCAAUAGCAUCACCGAUGCAAUCAGCAACAGCAAAAACAUCUGAGAUAACAACAGUCAAUUCAAGUAGCAAACUUAACCCACGAACUGUUAAUGAAAACAAGCAUGCUCGUAGUCCAGAGAGGAAAAAGAUGCCAAAGGCUCAAGACUUUGAUCUUGUAUCAUCGGCAUUUCCUCCGCUUCCGAGCUCAGAAGUAGAUGCUCCAGCAGACGCACACAACUUUCCCAAGUUGGGUUCAUCAAACGGCAUCUCUUCAACUUCACCAUCAAGUGAAUGUAAUAAUACGGACAAUCGUGAAUCUGUGAUCAAAAUUACUUUAAAUUCAAAUUCCAAUGGAUCAUUAGCCGACAUAGUUCGAGGAACUGUCUCUAAGACAGGAAAGUCUCUUCGUACAAUCAGUCAAACUGGUCGGACGAGUUCAACAUCAUCGGGUGAUAAAAACAGUAGUAAUAGUAAUUGUAAUAAUAUCAAUUAUAUUGGUGGUAGUAGUAGCAGUACUUUUGUUAAUAACCCUACUCUUGCCUCAAACAAACACAGUAACAAACAUAACAGUGAUAUAAUGAAAGUUAACCUUAACUGCAAAACCUUAUCAAUCAAUAAUAAUGAGUCCAACAAUCGAGCAAAGUCUACCUUGGAUGUUAAUUGUCUACCCAAAGAGACAAAAGACAGCAACAAAAAGUCAAUUGUUUCAUCAACCCAUAAUCCAAGCUUAUUUUCAACACUUAAUCAUCACUCGGGCAGGGUACAUUUAACCUCCAAUGGAGCAAUUAAAAAGAUUGAAACGUGCAAUGAUAGUCAUGAGAAAAGUCAUGAUUUUUCAGGACACAAUGGUGAAAAUUUAAAAGAUGCAAAAGGAAUUAGCUGUAAUAAAAAUAUAAAUACUGUCUGUGGUAAUAAUGAUAAUGAUAACAAGAUGAACGAAAAUAUUGAUCUAGUGACUUCUUCUAAAGGUGAUAAUCAGGAUGGUGCUAUUGUUAUUGAUGAUAAAGAAGUUGCCAAAGCCAGUAUUGCCGAAAGUCCUUCUGUUGAAUCUUUUCCAUCCUCGUCUCCAGCAUUAACUAAUGAAGCCAAUAUUUCCAAAUUGUCAAAAAAUAUUUCCAAUUCAACAACUACACAAGGAACAUCAGCAACGACGACUAAAGUUUUGUUGAAAGGAUAUCUUAAAAGUUUCCGCCAAAUGACUCCAAUUUCAGAGACAAAAAAGCCUUCAAUUUGUUCAACUCGACCUGACGACGUAUCAUUGCGAGUUACACUUAAUGGAGGUUUACCUAUUGAGGACAAAUUAAACAGUCAUCAUCAUUCUUGCAAAGAAAAUUCAGGAAUCAAGCUUUCUGAUAAUAGCACUGAUGGCGAGGGUAAAACUGAUGGCAAAGAGAAUGAUUGUGAUAAUAAUGGUGAUGAUAUUUGUGAAAAUGGAGACGACUACAGGAUGAAACAAGCAGUUAACAUGAACAAAUAUAUAUAGUUUAUAUAUAUUAUAUUAAUUACAAAGAUAAUAUUGAGCCUUUUGUUUGUUUGCGUUUUUUCAGUUUUUAUUUUUUUGUGAAACUAUGGUUUUGUUUUGUUGACCAAUGACGACCAUUUUAAAGAUUUAUCAAGCAACUUUAACGGUGAUCUUCUAAGGAUUUGUUGACAAUUUCAAACCGAUUCAAGUAUCAUUUGAAACUAUUACAAUCUCCAGUGAUUAAAGAAAAAUCUAAGUAAAUAUAUAUAAAAAAAAUAUUUAAAAAAUUGCGAUUCAAUCGUUGUGAAAUCAAGAUUUUUUUGGUGUUAAUUUAACUGUCGUUGAAAUAUUUUAUCAAAUUCAAUUUAUGCAGUCUAAAUGUUUGUAUGAAAAAUUUCCUUUUCUUCUACUUCUCAACUCUUUCUUUCUGGUCUUAACUUUCCCACUUUUCAUUCAAUUCUCUUAUUUUUACUCCACUCUAUUACCUUUACCUCUUUCGCUCUCGUAUUUACACACUUAAAAAUGUAUAUCAAACUGAUAAUACAAAAAAAAAGAAUUCUCUUCCAAAUAUAUUUAU